CAAUUUUUUGCGGCCAUGCAAUGAGUCAAAGCGUAAGCGCAGAGCACAUUCAUUAACGGCAAUUCCAUCAUCGUAAAAGUUUGGACCAACACACACCUCUGGCUGUAUUUUGCAGCCAACCCCAAUCUCAACGAUACAUCAAGAAAAUCCAGAACCUGGGCGAUGCAUGGCGCACUAUUUCUGAAGCGCCUUCCACCGAGACCGAUGUUAUUAUUGAAACCACAUUCGAUUUCACCUUAAAAUCAAAACCGAACAAAAUAGAAAUAUCUCCUCCGUUGAGAUGGCGACGUCCGGAGAGCACAAAACCGCCUUCGCACCUGAUCCAGUCCAUCACUGGCGUAUUUUCUUUGAUUAUGGAACGGACUUUAUCUGGUGGAAUUACAAUGUUAUCAAAUGAGAAAGAAGGCAGCGCUGCAGAGCUAGACGAGCUUCUUGGAUCAUAUCCUCCGUCAGGUGUCGAACAUUAUGAUGCUUGGGUGGAUGAAUGCACGAAUUACUUUAGAAAGAGAUGUGACAAAACAGGGGAAUACAUGGCAGAUAUAUUUAUCACUGCCUCAGAGGAGAUUGCGGCUGGUUACUUAUUUGCCUGGCGCAUUGCUUCUGAGCCUCACAUUUGA